GGAGGGUGAUUGACAGGAGUAUGGAGUACCUGGAAAUCAGUCCGGAGCGUAUCAGCUAGAGCGAUGUGGACUCUGAAGCGGGGUCGAAAAUAGUGAAACAUCCCCUGGAAUAUCGCUGAAUUUGUCGCUCCGAUAGACUAAAACAGCCAUAUACACCCGCCAGCUAUACUGGAUGUAUUAAAAAGAAGAUCUAAAGAGGAAUAAAUUGUGAAUUACUUUAUUUUAUUUUCGCCGGAACGCUACCAGAAUCAUCGGCCGUGCUGUGGUCGCGUGAAAGAGAAGGAUGAGCGUUUGAUUUCAUUUCUCGCCGCAUCGCCUUCCUCUGUUUUUCCCGGCCCGUCUGUUUUGGACCUGCUAUGGUGGACUCGAAUGCAAUGAGGAAGACUUUUGUGGUCCCGGACAUAAAGCCGUUGGAUCAGUAUGACUCGAGCAGAGCCAGAAUCUGCGCCAGUGUCGGGUGGCUGCUGGCGAAAUCCUACGGCAAUGCAGAGAACGUUCCAGUGGAGCUGCGAGAGCCGUUCUACUGUGAUCAGUAUGAGCAAGAACACCUGAAGCCUCCCGUCACGCGCCUGCUGCUGUCACCUGAACUCUUCUGCCGCGCUUACGGCCUGCUCCUGGGGGGAAGCCCGGGGGCCGAGGGGCCCCCCAAAGACAUUCCAGCGCUCCUACAGGUCCUGGGCAGGAAGGGCUUGGCACCCAAAGACCAGAAUGCCCCAGUGACAGAGGCCGAGCUCCAACAGAAGCCCAUCAAAAUGAGUGCCCACUUGGAGUUGAUAGAUGCCUUAAUGGCAGUGGGUGCCAUGGAGACGGUGAGCACAGUCUUGGCGAGUGGCGGAUCAGAGCUGCUGGGUACAGAUGCAACCUGGGACAGAGCCCUGCUUUACUGGGUGAACACGCUGAACCAAAAAUUGAAGGAACAAACAGAAGGUACACAAAAUGACACCUCUCAGCCUAGUACUGAACCACAGCCUGUUCAGCCUUCGUGUCCCACCCGCUGGUACUGGAAACUUGUUCCUAUCCGGUACAGGAAGGACAGGAUGCAGUCUAAGCUUAAACCUUGUUUUCCUGUGGUGAAUGAAGUGAAGGAUCUCUCAAACGGAUGUGCCAUUGCUGCUGUUAUUCACCAUUACUGUCCUGGUCUACUGAGAUUAGAGGAUGUAUGUAUGAAGGACUCCAUGUCUGUGGCUGACAGCCUGUACAACCUACAGCUGAUUCGAGAGUUCUGUGACAGCUGUUUAAAGAACUGCUGCCCUCUAGUGUUGGAAGAUUUACUCUACAGCCCAGCUAAAUUAAAGACAAACAUACUGAGCUUUCUGGCAGAGCUCUUAUAUUGGUUUGAAGUCUCAAAGCCAGAGUUUGUUCAGCCCUUGCAGGACACAGAGCUGACUGAAACAUCUGGAAGGAACAAUAAUGGCAACAGUGGGUCCAGCAAUAGUGGUUCCCCCUCUAUCUUCAAAAAGCCUUUUCUGCCCAUCUCUUCCUCUGUGACUGCAGCAACAGGAUCUCUUACUCAGUCUACCUCAAUGUCUCAUGUAGAGGCAGCAGGACGAACAUGGAAUAAGAAACCUCUUAGCCGUCCACUCUCCUCUGCGGUGUCCUUCAGUAUCCCUUUUGGUCUAGACAGUGAUGUUGACAUUGUGAUGGGCAACCCUGUUAUAACCCGAUCUGUCAGCUCAGACAAUCUCAACCCUACUGGUCAAUCCAUGACACGUGUCCCCUACACACCUCCAGAGGACCUCAGCCACUUCAUGAGUAAACCCUCUGGGCCCAAUGGCCCUCAAAGAGCUUCCUGGGCCACUCGGACUCGUCCUAUGCUGGCAGAGGAGAACGGCAUUGAUGAGAGUGAGACAGGAGAGCUACCAACAAUUGAAGAGGCACUGCAGAUCAUCCACAAUGAAGAGAAGAUGGAACCUCGUCUCCACCCUGACGGGGCACCCGAUGGUUUCUUUCUGCAUUCACCAGAUGAUCCAGCAAACGCUAGACGCAAUGGCAGCCCAGUGACUCUCAGCUCUUCAGCCCCAUCCCGCUCAGGAAUGCUCUACCAUCGAUCCUCAGGAGUACCACCAGAGCCCAGUCGCACCAGACACCCCUCAGAAGGAUCCAGAGAUGACGACUCCGUGUUAAGAGAUGGAAGCGUUGAUUCGGAUGCCUCGGAAGAUCUUCCAAAAACCCAUUCAACCCCUGCCACACCCGCUUCGGGCCCUCGCAUAACUCGAUCGCGUGGUGAAGAGACACCGGAUAGUGGCGUGAAGAUGACCAAUUUUGCUGAACGGAAGAAGAAAAUGGUUCCAGAGCAGGUACGAACCAAUGAGCCACAGGCCUCACAAAUGACUACAUGGGCCAAGAAAUCAGAGGAGAGUCCCAGUAAGAGUCCUGCUCUCAGCACUGAAAUGUCAGAGCUGGGGGCGAGGCUGGAGGAGAAACGGAAGGCCAUUGAAGCUCAGAAGAAGCGUAUAGAAGCCAUCUUCGCCAAACACCGGCAGCGGCUGGGAAAAAGUGCCUUCCUACAGUUAAAGAAGGAGCAGGAGGAUGGGGAUGGCGAGGAAGGACGUCAAGGGGAGGCUGGAUCCUCCUCCAUAGAAGAUGACCUCAGCCGUUUGGCACUGGAGGAGAAACUGGCACACUUGGAGAGUGAGGAGGAGCAACAACAGGAGGAACAGUUGAAAAAGAGGCCCUCAAUAGAAGAAGAGGGAAAUAUCAAGCCCACUGUCCAACAGGACAAUCCAAUAGAGAAAGACAAAUCUGGAGUAGGAAUUCCUGGAGGGAAAGGCACAGCCCCACUGGGUGAUUACAACAAUGCUGUGUCUAAACUAAGCGCUGCUCUCAAUUCUCUCCAAAGUGAUAUGCAGCGCCUCUCGGAGCAGCAGAACCACCUGAUGAAGAAGAAAGCAGCACCUAACCAGGCUUGGGUUAUCCCACCAAGCUCCAAACCCUCAACAACUGCACCUUCUCGUUUGUCAAGGGAGUCCAAUCGUGAUCUGCCCUCUACCACCUCCUCUCCUUCCCCAUCUCGCAAGAUUUCGAGUCACACCGCUCCGCCAAAAUCACCUGGGUCCCAACGUAGAGCACAGUCUGCACCUCCGAAGAGCCCCAAAAUGCCUCACCGCCCUAGACCUGCAGAGCUCAAGACGCCAGUUUCCACACGAUUCAUAACUGCCCCUCAAAGUGUGGAAAACAUUCCUCACUUAAAAAGAGUGUCUCCUUGGCAAUGCAGGGAUCAGAACUCGUCCACUUUCAGCAUAGGUACAUCCAGUCAGAGUGAGUCCCGCUCAGCUUCAUCCCUGUCCAGACCAGAGGACAACUUCUCAGACACCGGUUCCAGUGAGGACCAAACAAUCUUCAGUAUGGACCUAGAGGGUGGAUUGUCACAGGUUCUGCCCCAAAAGGAGCGUCGGGGUGUGGGCAGCAGCUCAGGAGCUCCUUCCGAGUGCUCUUUUGAGAGUGACAUUCCUACAGAGGCUUUCAACGGCAAGCGCAGUAGCCUUAUCGAGAUCUCACUGUCCUCUCUCAAAGCAUUAGAGGGUGAGGCAGAUCCGAGCCAGGAUAUCUUCUCAGACUCAAUGAGUGACCAAACAGAGCCAGAAAUGAGGGGUGGAGUUGGAUUCUUCUUUAAGCAGGAUGAAGCACGACCCGAGGAUGAGAUGGAGAAGAGGAGAGCUGCAUUACUUGAGAAACAACAAAAGAGAGCAGAGGAGAUAAAGAAACGAAGACAGGAGCAAGAAAGAGAGAGGGAGGCAAGCAGGCCUUCUUCGGUGGAUGAGCCAGGUAGAGGAGAGGAGAGACCCAAAACUCCUUCUACCCCUCCGCCUCCCCGCACCCCUCCGCCAGAUGGUACUCCUCAGCGGCGUGGAGACUUCACCCGCCAGGAAUAUGAACGGCGGCAUCAGCUGAAAAUAAUGGAGGAUCUGGAUAAAGUCCUCCGUCAGAAACCCACUACUGUCAGAGGUGUCAAGAAGCAGAGGCCCAAAACGGUGUUCAGAGACGACUCGGACCUCUCCCGCAGCCCUGCCAAAGGGUUUAUGGGUUCUAGAUUAAAUAAAGUUUACUCCCAUUCAACAAUGAAUCUGUCCUCUAUGGCUAAUGACAGUGGGACGCUAACUGUCAGAAAAUCUCCAAGUCGUUCUCAUUCACCAUCCAGACUGCUAUCUCCAGGCCGUUUUGCUGCACAGAAUGGGGACUGGGAAAAUGCAUCUACUAUAUCGUCUCCAGGCUCCAUCCCAGAAUACACUGGACCUAAACUCUACAAGGAGCCAAGCUUCAAGUCCAAUAAGUUCAUCAUCCAUAAUGCCAUCUCACGCUGUUGUUUGGCAGGAAAGGUCAACGAACCACAGAAAAACAAGAUUGUAGAGGAAUUGGAGAAAAGCUCUGCAAACCAUUUUCUCAUCCUCUUUCGGGAUGCUAGCUGUCAGUUCCGAGCGGUUUAUACCAUGAACCCUGAGACGGAGGAGAUGGUUCGGCUUACAGGUAUUGGCCCACGGAUAAUCGGUCCCAAUAUGGUGGAGUCGAUCUACAAGUACAGCUCUGACCGCAAGCAGUUCACGGCCCUCCCGUCCAAGACCAUGUCCAUGAGUGUGGAUGCCUUCACCAUUCCAGGCCACCUAUGGGAGCGCAAGCGCCCAGGAACCCCAAAGAAGCUCGGGACCCCAAAAUAAAGCCUGCUGGAAAUGCAGCUAUACCUGAGCUGGCCAUGUAACCCUGGCUUUCUGUCCCGACUCCGGCAGUGCAGAGAGGCACAUUGGAUGGAGUGCAUGCCAGAAGAAAGAGUUGGAUAACAAAAAGGAGGCCCAAAAUCCUAAAAUAAAGUGCCCUCAGAGGUGUAUAGCUGGUGACUGCGUAACCACAGGUCAAGUUACAACAGAUUUAUUCAGAAAUCUCCAUUGCCAUUUUCUUCGGGUAACUCAAGUGAACUCAAAAGUCAUAUUUCGAAGAAAGUGGCCUGAUUGAUUUUCUAAGAUUGUAGGAAAAUUAUUCUUGGCAUUUUAAUGUUAAAUCGUUAGAUGAAUCUUCCAGUCUCAUCAUUCAAGUAAAAUGAAUGUCCCCCUCAAUAGAAAGAAAAAGAUCCUCAGAAACGUUACUGUCCUCCAGCUCCUACCCUUCUUUACUCAAUGAACUGGAUUCUUUGGCGUGUAAAAGGAUUCCCCGGAUGAAAUGGGAUCUUUGCUCUUUGAUGAAUGCAGGGCACAAACCAACACAAGCCUUCUUAUCGUCUGUUUUAUCGUCAUCAGCCUCUCAGUUUUAUGGGACUGAAUGUAGAACUGUAUUACAAAGGGGCACAGCCACUCACCUUUACGUCACGUCAUAAAAAAAGUCCCAUGCUGCUGUCCGUUUCGAGUCUGUCUUGCUCUCUAAUAAAAUCUGCCUUGUCCUUUCGCCUUCCUAAAGUCAGCCGUAGACACCUGGAUGUUUGUUUUCUUACUGCUUCGAACCUUAUCUAACUGGAUUACUCGAGCUUUAGGAACUCAGGAAAGCAUGUUAAAGACUCAAAUAUUUUUCCUUCCCAUUUGCUUUAAGAAUGAACGAAAAAGCAAAAAGAUGCCAGAACGUGCUGUUGAUUUCCAUUAAUGAUACUCAACAAAAGUCUUUUUACUCUGUUUAGCUGUAACUGGGAAAAUAAUGUAAGUAAAAGAUCGAGGCUGGUUUAAUAUACUGUAUAUUUGAAUGCUGUUUAUUGCUGAUUCUUUAAUUUUUGACAAUGAUUUGUAUAUUGUGGAGAUUUGUAAGCAAUGAAUAAGCUACCCUGCUGCUUCACUACUAGAGCUGGAUGUGUUGGUGUGAAUGAGUGUGUGAGCGGGACGGGGACAGAAAGAGACAGAUGGCGAGAAACAAUAAACGCAAAUCUGACGUCAACUCUCACUUAUGUACCCAGAGCUGAGUGAUCAAGUGAUAUUGUUUGGCUGACAUGUAGCAGCAAAUAGUGAUAUACCAGUAGUGAACACCAACAGAUAGUGAUAUCAAACAAACACUAACAGAAAGUGAUAAAAGGCAGAAAAAGCAGCCCAGGUGUCUGCAGCCUUAAACGGUUAUGUUGUUUCUAUGAAUAUGAUCGUCUCCGAACUGUCUAACUUGGCCUUAUUUGUUUCAUGAACGUCUUGAGUUGUCUUUUUGUAUGAAAGGGGCAUUUAGUCUGUUUCUCUUCGUCAAAGCACUAACUGAUUCAAUCAGGCCACUCUCUCCUGUCUUUGGAGGAUCAGAUGAAGUACUUUAUAGAUUUGCCGUAAAGAUGUACAUAUUUUUGUAAAGGGCAAAAAAAAAAAUCAUUUUUGAAACGGUCGAUUUACAUGUUUCUGUGUCAAAUGAAUGGGAGAUGUGUAUUUGUGUGUAGGUUGCAUGUGUUUGACUGUUGGGUGAAACAUGAUGGUUAAUGUAACUGGAUUCUGUGCAAUUCUGUAGAAUGUUAGGUCACCUAAGGUGUAUUUAUUGGGUAAGGAUGAGCUAGAGUUUUCUGUUUAGUUUCAGAUUUGAUUAUUUAUGUUCUGGCAAAUGUGGUGAUUCACUUGUUCAUUUCAGAAAGCACAUUGAUGUUUUGUUUUUUCCUUUCACUGUUUCCAUGUUCAUGUUAGUAGAUUUUGUUUUUCUCCCAAAUUCUUUGAUUAUGGAUCGGUCCCAAGUGACAGGAUUAGAAAAAUAAAAUCAUUUUUAAGUACUCUCAA